GGACUCCAGCUCCCGGCGCCCCGCGCGGGCGGCAGCGGCGCGAUGGCGGCGGGCGCGGGGCCCGGGCCGGGCUGACGGGCGCUGCCAGCCCGCGGGCGCUCCGCUGCCGCCAUGGCGCUCAUCGAGGGCGUCGGCGACGAGGUGACCGUGCUCUUCGCCCUGCUGCUGGUGGCCGUGGUGCUGGGGCUGGCCUGGGCCUCCACCCGCGCCCCCGAGCCCGCCGCGCCGCCCCGCGCCGCCGCCGCGCCGCCCGAGGAGGAGCCCGCCGCCCCCGGCCCCGGCCCCGUUCCCGUCCCGCACAAGGCCCCGCCGGCGGGGGCGGCCGCGGCGGAGCCCGAAGGGGCGGGCGGGCUGGCGGCGGGGCUGCGGCCGCGGGCCGGGGCCGCCCCCGCGCAGGGGCCGCCCGCGGAGGAGGACGGCGGCCCCGCCGAGCCCACCAUGGUCCUGCGGCUCAAGUUCCUCAACGACACGGAGCGCCUGGCCCGGGUGCGCCCCGGAGACACCGUCGGCGCCCUGAAGAGGGCCCAUUUCCCCGGGCAGGAGCAGCAGGUGCGGCUGAUCUACCAGGGGCAGCUGCUGCGCGACGACGCCCAGAGCCUGGCGGCCCUGCACCUGGGCCACAACAGCGUCCUGCACUGCCACAUCGCCCAGCACAGCGCGGCCCCCGCGCCCGCCGGCCCCCGCGCCUCCGCUGACCCCGUGCACGCCGCGCUCAACGUGGGCAGCCUCGUGCUGCCGCUCUUCGUGCUGAUGCUGGCCGUGCUCUGGUACUGCCAGCUGCAGUACCGCCACGUCUUCACCGCCACCGCCACCACCUUCCUGGCCGGCCUCACCCUCCUCUUCAGCUUCAUGGCCUUCACCAUGUACCGCAGAUAGCACGGCCCCGCGCCCGCGAGAGCCGCCGCGCCGGGGCCGCCUGUCCCGCUGCAGUCCGCCGGACCUGGAGCCCAGCCGGGCCGGGGCUGCGGGACCCGCUGUUUGCUGUGGGGGGCUGCGGGACCCGGUGCUGUGGGGGGCUGCAGGACCUGCUGUUGUGGGGGGGCUGCAGGGCCCGGUGUUGUGGGGGGCUGCCCCGGGGCUGCAGGGCCCGGUGUCGUGGGGGCUGCCCUGGGGCUGCGGGGCCCGGCGGGUCCCAGGGAGCCGGUGUUGGGCAGGGACGGCGGCUCCCCCGCAGGCCGGCCUGGGGCUGUUGCUACCUCGGGGGGGUGUCCCGGUGCCCCCGGGUGGGCGGUGCGCUGCCCGGCGCGGGGAUGGCGCGGGGUCCGCUCCGCUCCGCGACGAUUAAAGAGCAGAGACUGA